AUGUCUCAGGCGCGGGUCACCGAUUUUUUCAUCCAGAGAAAGAAAGGUGCUAGUGGGGCUGCGCAUGGUAAUGGAAAUAAAACGCUAGUUGUGGACAAUGGAGUGGACACUGUAACAAGUAAGCCCGGCACAAGAUCUACUCGGUUGAAAAUCAAGAACGCAGCACCUACUACAAAGGUUACGAUAAAGACUUCAAAAUCCUCACGUUCUGAAAACAGUGUACAGGAGGAGUUUUGGAGGGUUAUUGACGAGGCGACUUCGGUCGAUAAGGUGGAGAGCGUGUCUGGUGUGCUGGCGAGGUCAGACUCGGAAAAACAAACACUUCUCUCGAGCCCUCGAACUCCCAAGAGGACCUCUGCAGACGCGGAGUUCGAUCUUGGAUCAGCUGUAUUUUCAACCACUACUGAACAUAGCACAGCGAAGAAGCGUCUUCGGAUCGAGGCAAAUAACGAUUCCAACGCUGCAGGGACAAGUCCUGAACGGCUUAAAGUUGUAAAGAAGUCUGUCAGGAAGAAAUUGAUUCUCUUCAAAGACGAUGAACAGGUAAUGUUGGCUUAAUAAUGGUAUUUUUGUAGGCUGCCGUGCCCCGUUGGCCAAAGCCUAGCUAUGGGGACAUUAAUGUUAUAAAAAAAAAAAAAUGUUUUUGUAAAUUAAGGUCUGUGGUAAACACAGGCAUAUGAGAUCUUAUAGCUACGCGUUGUUAUGAUACAAUCUUCAUCAACUAACGUCACUUAUGUAGGCUAAUCAAAACAAGCACAAAUGCUUCAAAGGUAAUGUUAACUGACUGAUAUUAUAGUAACUAAUUUGCGGUCUUUAGGACUACAAGUUGGCGAACUCUAUUGCUAGAAAUAACAACCAAGCAAGUCUGGUCCAGAAUGAUUAGCUAGUUAGAAAUCAUAAGUUAGACACAACAAAAUACCUCACAUAGACAGGAAAAGGCACGGCACAUUUUUUGGUUUCCUAGUUUGGCUACUAGUAGUUAAAGAAUUUGAAGACAAAUUCUGAAGGGGACUGAAUGUUUACUAGUCACAACUUCUUUUUUUUGUAUCAGGUAAACCACCGUCUGGCUAAAGAUGUCCCGCAGGUACCCAAUCCACUACCUGUUGAGAAAGAAUCAAAGAAUUUAGUUAAUCACAGUGCCAACAAUUCUCCAACGCGCAAACCGCACGUUCAGGGCAGUUCAAAACCAAAAGCAGGGAACAAGGUACAGUGUUUUUGGUGGCUUAUGCUUUCACCUCUGCUCAUCACUGUUGUCUACACACCUGAUCACAAUUAGCCUAAAUUCUAAUUGUGAUCAGGUUUCGUUUAUCCUCAAGUUACUCUUUAGUCAUACCAUAAUGGACAGCAUCCUCACAAAUGUUGCAAUGGCAUUGAUUGUUGUCUUUCUACUACAUCAGACUUUCUCCAAAGAGGAUGUUGCGGCCCUCAAGUUCCGCCUUCAGAAGAUCAAGGGCCAGACAAGGAAAGCUGAGAACCUGCCCUCUACGGCCCCUGAGUCUACUGCUACUGCCCCAGACCUUAAGACAAAGCUAGCCCAUGUCAAAGAGCUUGCUGCUAAGGCACAACACAGGAAGGAGGAGAGGUUAGCAGAGGAGGCCAGAUCUACUGAGGAAAAUAAUCAGCCACAAACAGAGGAUGGGUGAGGAUGAAAAGUAUUUCAAUUUUAGACAAUAACCUUAAAUUCUGCCAGGGUGGGUGAAGCUCAAAAUAGUGAAAUGUAAUGCAAAUUUAUUCUACCACCUUUUUUAGGGGAUCUUUGUUGAGAAAUGGUGUUGCUGUAGUGGCUUUGAUUAUAAGUACUCAUUUGUCCUGAUCUAUGGUAUGUUCUUUUUCAGAGAGAAGCUCCCAGCCUACCAGCGGUACCAUACUCUUGCCCAGGAUGUUCUCCCUGGCCUCAGCCUGCCCUUCCAGUACAAACUGCUUGCUGAAAUGUUCCGUAGCAUGGACACCAUAGUGGGAAUGCUCUUCAACCGCUCAGAGACUGUUACCUUUGCCAAAGUGAAGCAGGGUGUCCAGGACAUGAUGCACAAGUAUGGAGCAAACUUCAACUAUCUAAUUGGAUGAUUAGUAGAAAACCAUGGGAAGGAGCAGCAGAAAUAUUAAUUACUUUUUCUUUUUAUUUCACAGGCGUUUUGAGGAGACCCAUGUGGGCCAGAUUAAGACAGUCUAUCCUACUGCCUACCAUUUCCGCCAGGAGAGAAACAUUCCUACAUUCAGUGCUACAGUGAAGAAGUCUAGUUACCAGCUCACAGUAGAGCCUGUCAUUGAAGCCGGUGAGGGGAUGGUCUCAUGAUACUUUGUAUUCUUUCAACACAGAUGAGUGUAUUUGAAUAAUUGCUGAUAUGAGUGUCUUUCUUGUCUGUUUUUGUUUCUCAGAUAAGAGUGAGGCACGUCCAGUGCUUGCUGCUUCCCGGCUGUUGGAGAGGAGAUGUAUUUUUCAUCAAAACCUUGUCAGCAUUGUGAAAGGGCGUCACAAGGUAGGCACCAUAAGAGAGAAUAUUUUGUACCUGUUUACUGUGAGAUGACCCGACUUGGUAACCGAUCUGUAUAUGUUGUCUUUAGGAGUUCCUUGCCAAGUUGAAUCCUCCUAUUAGAGUCCCAGAUGACAAGCUUACCCGCUGGCACCCUCGCUUCAAUGUGGAUGAGGUGCCCAAUGUCCUGCCCAGUGAGUUGCCCCAGCCCCCACAGGGAGCUGAGAAGCUAACCACUGCCCAGGAGGUUCUGGACAAGGCCCGCUCCAUGAUGACCCCUAAGGUACUUACUGACCUGUCGGUCCUGCAUUCUCCUCCACACAUCCAACCUUUACACAUCAACUGUGUGACGAAGACACUAUCCACUUUAUAUUUGUAAAUGUUCAUACUGGCCAUUGCACAUUUUAAUAAUUUAUACUGUAUAUCCUAUUGUGUACUUCUACUACUAUUUUAUUGCACUGUUGCAGGAGCUUGCAAGUAAGCAUUUCUCUGCACGUUUUAUACUUGCUGUAAACUGUGCACGUGACGAAUAAACCUUGAUUUGAUUGGGCUUUAGUUUGAUAAGACAUUCAUUUCAAUUGCAUUGUUUGGUAUUAAUAAUUUAGCUCUUUCCAGAUGGAGAAAGCGCUGGCCAACAUGGCUCUGAAGACCGCAGAGAUGGUCUGUGUAAAAGAGCAAGAGCCUGUUCCACAAACUCCCGUAGCUCCUGCUGAAACUCACAGUGCCCUCAAAGGGGUGUCUCAGUCCCUGCUGGAGAGGGUAGGUCACCCUGCUGUUCCACUUAGGACACAUGAUAAAUGUGUGCAUGUGGUACAGUGUGCCCUAUGCAGUGAGGACUGGGACUGACCCCUCUUUUUGUUGUAGAUCCGAGCAAAGGAGGCUCAGAAGCUCCAGGCUGCCAUGACCCGGAACCCUCAGCAGGAGGAGCGCCUUGUGAUGAUGUCACGGCUGGGGGAGCUGGCUCGGAUCCUGCGUAACGUCUUUGUGGCAGAGAAGAAACCCGCCCUGAUCAUGGAGGUGGCAUGUAACCGGAUGGUCUCUAGUUACCGCUCUGCCCUGAGCACAGGUGAGUCAUCUGAAGAAAUGCCUGAUUUUUUUAAAAUUUUAAAAAAAUGUCCAUUGGUUUUCAUUGCAUUAGUUCUGAGGUUGACUGACUUAUUUUUAGGUGAUAUGGAGACGCACCUUCGCUUGCUGGCAGAACUGACACCUGAAUGGCUUACCAUUCACACAAUUAGAAAGGACUUCUAUCUCAAGUUGAGCAAGACUAUGGACCUGAAUGUGGUACUGGAGAAGCUGAAGCAGAAGACCAAAGAGGAAGAAAGGCUUUGAAGCUUGAAACGGCUAUGUUUUUCAAUGAUGUGUAAUUUGAGUAGAGACAUAUUGACCUUUGUGUAUAUAAUGCAAUUUGUGACUUCAAGUCUUUUAGUGAUUAUUGUACAUUGCUUGGCUGGUUUGUUUACAUUUUAAAGCAAGUAAAACUGCUUGUACCAAUUCAAUAAGCUUGCGUAUUUUGUGUGUAGAUUCUAACCGACUCAUUUUGCGGGUGGUUUUACAGUUGUGGGAGACUGU